GGCUCGAAGGAUACGCACGGCUCUCGCGGAUGCAGAAAGGGGAAAUGCAACUCGAAGCGAACGAAGCGGAAAAAGACGGAGACUGAGUGCGAAGUGAAAUAUCGAAGUGCGAGUACGAAUGGUUCCGUGAGUGAGGUGAAUUUAUUCAGAAGAGAGCCUCCGGAAGAGAGCCGGGCCGUCCCUAGACUAAGAGAGUGCCGUGCCACACGGUGGCAUUCAUUCAAAAGUCCAAGCAUCGCAGUCAAGUUGAGUUCUUGCUGGCAGUAGGUUGUCUGGACGGGAGAGCUCUAUGUUAUACGUGUAUGUUUUGCUCCGAAUAGAGUUUGUGCCGGCAGUGAAGUGAGUGAAGGUCCCGGCCAUGCAAUCCUCCAAAACAUAAAAAAUCACCAAAUCAUCAUCACCCGACAUAUUCAAAAAAAAAUAAAAAGAUUUAAAAGUUGUGCCAAAGAAGACCAAGGAGUCAAGUGUCUGAAAUGUAAACCUGCUGCAAAGUAAAGCCCAAAGCCAAAUAACAAAAUUCAUUGCCUCGCGAGGGAAAUCGUCAGAAACCUGCACCAGAGAGAGAGAGAGAGAGAGAGAGAGAGAGAGAGAGAGAGAGAAUCAAAACCAAACAUAGAAACCAAAAUCAAAACAGAAUCCGGAAAUAAUGUGGAUUAGUAGCCGCCUAUUCGUGAUUUGUUUGCUGCUCCAUCAUGAUGCCACCUACAGUGAACCGUUUGAGACACAUCUUCGUGGUCCUGGAUUCGUAAUGGAGCCGCCGGGGCGAGUGGAGUUCUCGAACUCCUCGGGCGGUUGGCUCGACUGCUCCGCCUCGGGGAGUCCGCAGCCCACCAUCGAUUGGGUGCACGCGGACGGCACCGCCGUUACCGAGAUCCACGGCGUGCGACGUGUCCUACGAAACGGCACCCUGGUCCUGAUGCCCUUUGCGGCGGCUGCGUAUCAUCAGGACAUACACAAUACGAUCUACCGCUGCAUCGCCAGCAACUCCGUGGGGCGCAUUGUGUCCCGGGAUGUGCAAGUGAGGGCUGUCGUGGCACAGGCCUAUAAAGUGGAUGUGGAGGUCCUAUCUGCGUCGCGGGGUUGCACCGCCAUUUUGCGUUGUGUGGUGCCCACGUUUGUCAAGGAAUUGGUACGAGUGGUCUCUUGGGUUCAUGAACCGGCUAUCUACAUCUAUCCCUCGUUGCAAGGCGACGGAAAAUUCCAUUUGCUGCCCACUGGCGAGCUGCUCAUUCACAAUCUACAGGAGACCGAUGAAUCGCAGUCCUUCCGCUGUCGUAGCAUGCAUCGCCUGACCCGCCAGGUUGUCGUCAGCUCACCCACACGAUUACGUAUUAAUUCUCAUCGCGGCAUCAUUUCGCCGAGUGUGGUGGAGCACACGGCUCAUGUGCAGGUGUCGCAGGACGAGGGCGCAGUGCUGCUGUGCGUCGCUCAGGGAUGUCCUUCUCCCGAAUACAGCUGGUAUACCCACAAUGGAGCCGGACCACUACCCGUCCUGAGUGGGCCCCGGGUGCGACUGCUCGGCCCCAUCCUGGCCAUUGAGGCCGUCACGGGAGAGGACUCCGGCGUGUACAAGUGCACGGCCAGCAAUGUGGGCGGUGAGGCCAGUGCGGAGCUUCGCCUCACCGUGGCCACGCCCAUUCAAGUGGAGAUCUCGCCGAAUGUGCUCAGCGUGCACAUGGGGGGCACAGCCGAGUUCCGAUGCCUGGUGACCAGCAACGGCAGCCCCGUGGGCAUGCAGAAUAUCCUAUGGUACAAGGACGGGCGCCAGCUACCUUCAUCGGGCCGCGUCGAGGAUACGCUGAUGGUGUCACGCGUGAGCCGCGAAAAUCGGGGCAUGUACCAGUGUGUGGUGCGACGACCCGAGGGCGAUACAUUCCAGGCCACCGCCGAGUUGCAGCUGGGGGAUGCCCCGCCCGUGCUCCUGUACAGCUUCAUCGAGCAGACCUUGCAGCCGGGACCAGCUGUGAGCCUAAAGUGCUCCGCUGCCGGCAAUCCCACUCCGCAAAUUUCCUGGACACUGGACGGAUUUCCGCUGCCAUCAAACGGAAGAUUUAUGAUCGGACAAUACAUCACAGUGCAUGGCGAUGUAAUUAGUCAUGUUAACAUAAGCCACGUCAUGGUCGAGGAUGGUGGCGAGUACGCGUGCAUAGCCGAGAACCGUGCGGGCCGAGUGCAGCAUGCGGCCCGACUGAAUAUAUAUGGUCUACCGUACAUUCGCCUGAUUCCAAAGGUGACGGCCGUCUCGGGCGAAACAUUGAAUCUGAAGUGCCCCGUGGCUGGGUAUCCAAUCGAGGAGAUCCACUGGGAGCGCGGCGGCCGGGAGCUGCCCGACGACAUACGGCAGCGUGUGCAGCCGGACGGCUCACUGACUAUCAGCCCCGUGCAGAAGAACUCCGACUCUGGAGUGUACACGUGCUGGGCCCGGAACAAGCAGGGCCACAGUGCCCGGCGCAGCGGCGAGGUGACGGUCAUAGUGCCGCCGAAGCUUAGUCCUUUCCAAACGAACAUCCUGCAGCUGAAUAUGGGGGAUCGAGCCUCGCUCACGUGCUCCGUGGUCAAGGGCGACCUGCCGCUGACCAUCAACUGGCGCAAGGACGGGCGCCCCAUCGAUCCCACGCAGCACAUGUCCGUGAAGCAGGUGGACCAGUACAACAGCAUCCUGGUUAUCGAGAACCUGGGCAGCGACCACACCGGCAACUACUCCUGUGUGGUGCGGAACUCGGCGGCCGAGGUGGAGAACUCUCAGGCCCUCCUGGUCAAUGUGCCGCCGCGCUGGAUUGUCGAGCCAGCGGAUGCGAAUGUCGAGCGUAAUCGUCACAUUAUGCUGCACUGCCAGGCCCAGGGAGUUCCCACUCCCAGCAUUGUCUGGAAAAAGGCCACAGGCAGCAAAUCCGGGGAAUACGAGGAGGUUCGGGAGCGUCCCUUUACUAAGCUCUUGGCCAACGGCUCGCUCCUGCUGCAGCACGUGAAGGAGGAUCGGGAGGGAUUCUAUCUGUGCCAAGCAAACAAUGGCAUCGGCACUGGCAUCGGGAAGGUGAUCCAACUAAAAGUGAACUCCUCUCCGUACUUCUCCUCGACGUCCCGCUCUGUCACUGUAAAGAAGGGCGACACGGCGCUGCUGCAGUGCGCCGUGAGCGGCGACAAGCCGAUUAACAUUGUGUGGAUGCGCUCUGGGAAGAACACGCUCAACCCGUCGACCAACUACAAGAUAUCCGUCAAGCAGGAAGCCACUCCGGACGGAGUCUCGGCUGAGCUCCAAAUACGCACAGUGGAUGCCACGGACAGUGGGCCAUAUUUCUGCAGAGCCAGCAAUCUGUACGGUAACGAUCAGCAGCUGGUGCAGCUGCAGGUCCAGGAACCACCCCAGCCACCUAGUGUAUUGGAGGCGGCCAUGAUUAGCAGUCGAUCAGUGAACCUCAAGUGGCAGCCUAAGUCCCUGGGCACGGGAGAUGUAUCCAAGUACCUGGUGGAGUACCGCGAGGCCGAUCCAGCAUUGUUCGUGGAACAGUGGCAACAGCUGGAGGUGAAGGAUCCGCCCUCGUUUAACGCUUUGAUAGAGAACCUAAAGCCGGCCACGAAGUACGCCUUCAGGGUCAUAGCCGAGGGCAAUGCGGGACGCAGUGCACCCAGCCAGGAGCUGAUUGUUCGCACAGAGCCCCAACGGCCAGCGGGCCCGCCCCUUAAUCUCUCCGCCAGACCCCUGUCCUCCACUGAGCUGCUGAUCAGCUGGGUGGCACCACUGCCAGAGCUCCGACACGGCGACAUCCAGGGCUACAAUGUGGGCUACAAGCUGGCCAGUUCCGGGAACACGGCCUACAACUUCACCUCAGUUUCGGGCGACGGCGAUGGGAGCAGCGGGGAGCUUCUAUUGAGCGGACUGGCGAAGUUCGCCCGCUAUAACGUUGUGGUGCAGGCCUUCAAUCAGGUUGGUCCCGGACCCCUCUCCGAACCAAGCGCAGCCCAGACCAUGGAGGAUGUGCCCAGUCGUCCGCCGGAGGAUGUGCGCUGUGCCGCCCUGUCCUCACAGUCGCUGCAAGUCUCUUGGCAGCCUCCUCCGAUAUAUCACACGAACGGACUGCUGCAGGGCUACAAACUGGUCUUCGAGCCCAUCAUGGACGACAUUCUGCCCAGCAAGGACGAGGUGGAGUCCCGCAAGACAACGGCCCUGACAAUGGUGCUGACUGGUCUGCGAAAAUACACGAACUACAGCAUCCAGGUGCUGGCCCACACACGCAUGGGCGACGGGUCCGUGUCCAAGGCCCUAUUCUGUCACAGCGAGGAGGAUGUGCCCGAGGCCCCGGCAGACAUCAAGGUGGUGGUGAGCUCCACGCAAUCGCUCUACAUCUCCUGGCUGCCACCCACCGAGCCCAAUGGAGUCAUUACCAAGUACAGUCUAUACACGCGCGUGGUCAAUGGCCGGGAGGAGCUGAACAACGAGAAGCGGAGCCUGCCAUCUCAGCAGCACUUCUACGAGUCGAAGGGCCUGCACCCCCACAUGGAGUACCAGUUCUGGGUGACGGCCAGCACCCGCGUGGGUGAGGGCAAGAGCUCAAGGGUGGUUUCUCAGAUAACCACCAAUCGGGUGCCGGCAAGGAUCAUCUCCUUUGGAGGGCCAGCGGUGCGGCCCUGGCGAGCCACAGUAACGCUGCCCUGCACGGCGGUGGGCAAGCCCAAACGUGAGUGGUUCAAGUCAGAUGUGCCCCUCCGCCAAGGCGGCCUCCACAACUCCCAGCUGCUUGACUCGGGCGACUUGAUCAUCAACAACCUCCAGUUGGCCGACAGUGGCAACUACAGCUGUCAGGUGGACAAUGGCAUUGGCACGGACCGCCUCACCCACACGCUCCUGGUGCAGGUUCCACCUUCCGCACCGGUCCUGUACGUGACCAGCGCCACAUCCAGCAGCAUCCUAAUGCACUGGAAGUGCGGCUUCACCGGCAACGCCCCCAUCACUGGUUACACCCUCUUCUACCGCCGCGGCUCGGGCAACACGGACGAGAUGCAGCUCUCGCGGCACGCCUCUAGCCACGAGCUCAAAGGAUUGGUCUGCGGCAGCACCUACCAGAUUCACCUGAGUGCCCAGAACAAAGUGGGAACCUCUCCCACCAGCAUCAUGCUGCAUGUACGCACCCAGGGACAGGCGCCGGGCAUGCCCGCCUCCACGAGUCUGCUGGCCCCCAACUCCACGUCGGUGCUGAUCCGUCUCCACACGUGGCCCGACAAUGGCUGCCCCCUGAUGUACUUUGUGCUGCAGUACCGCGCCGUGACUGACGAUCCCGAAACGGAGUGGGUACUAGUGUCUAAUGCUUUGAAGCCGCAGCGACGUGUGACAGUGUCCAAUCUGCAGCCGUCGACCCUCUAUCAGAUGCGAAUGGAGGCGCACAACGUGGCAGGAGCCUCGCAGGCAGAGUUCUCGUUCGUGACGCUGACCAAGGACGGCGACCCACCGCCGCCGGAGAUCGUGCAGAGGGGCCAGCGCGGUCCGACCGUCUUCUAUGGAAACAUCAACCUGCUAAUACCCAGCAUAGCGGCGCUCUCGGGCAUGAUCUGCACCAUCGCCAUGGUCAUCAUUUGCUACAGACACAUUCUGCCCCCUGCUCCGUCGCCCGCAGAGCAAAGCAAUCACAUACAAAAGGAGUCGCUGGAGAAUCGUGCCAAUUCCGAGGCGGCGCAGCGUGAGCGCUACUACGCCACAAUCCACAAGGUUUCCAUGCAGAACAAUGACAAGAUUCCAGAAACCUCAGAGGACAUCUCGCCGUAUGCCACCUUCCAGUUGUCGGAGGCGGGCAACAUGUCCCAGCCGCACCACAGCGGACCGGCCAACACGCUGCUGCACUCGUUCAUGUACCACGAGAGGGCUCUGGCCGAGGGCUGUUCAUCGCCACCACCAGCUGCGGUACUAAAACCAACCACCCAUCACCACCACCACCACAACCAACGUCCUCCAAAGACAAUUCAUAAUUAUUAUCAGACCUCACCGUUUCAUAAUAUCUCCAAGAACCGUAGACGUCAUUCGCGCAAGACCGAGCCGGAGAGCGAGGAAUCGGAGUCGGACCAGGACCAGCUUACCUCCAGUCGCACCGAGUCCUCCAACCAGCACGAGGGCAAGAUCAAGCACAGCAUCAUCUACCAUGGAGCACAAUCAAGCACAUCCUCCGACCUGUCGCCAAUGUCCGAGCAAAAGUCACUGCCACGUCGCGGUCGCUCCAGGUAUCAUCAUCAGCAAUAUCAGUUUUCCACCAACACCACACCGCGCCACCACAACAGCAACAAAAUCAACAACAACACCACAAACACCACUGCCACAAAUACAGCCACAUCAUCCGGAAACUCGAGCAAAAUUCUAUCUCCACGCGGCGUUGGCGGCGUUGGCGGCAAUCUGAAAUCCAUAUCGAGCACCUUCAAAUCACAAGACUCCAUACAAUGCCACAUACCCACAUUGGUCAAAUCGCCAUCGAUCAGCACACAGCAACAGAAACAGUUCCACAAACAGCAGAUAAAUAGCCAAACCCACAAUCAGAACCAGAACCAUAACCCCAACCAGACCAGUAGUAGUUUGAAGCAACAGCAGCCCCUCUUGAUCACGCCAAAACUCCACCAGCUCGAGUCCGUCCCAUCGUCGUCGAUGCAUGUGAAUGGGCAGGAGCUGGUGGGUCUGGAUGGCGUUGUCGGUAGUCCCCUAGCAUCCGUUGUGCCUGUGACUUGCAUGCCCCCAUCCUCACAGUUCCGACCCAUACCACACAAGUCCAUCAUGACCGCGCAUGAGCCACCGCACCACCAUCACCAUCAGGGCGUGGCCGCCACGAGCGGCACGCUCCUGAACCCCUCGACGGCCCUGCUCUCGUCCAAGUUCUUUACAGCGCCCACGCUGCCCAAAUAGGAUACGGCCAAUGGGGGGAGUGAAUAUGUUGGCAGGGAGGCCAUGGCCAUGGGAAUAGGUGGCGGGGGAGUUGGAGGCGGUGGUGGCUUCGGCUACGACAGCGGAGAGAUCUCCUGCACCUACAUGGAUCCCAUAGAUCAGACAUGAGACUUGGCCUACGGUGAGGUGUGUGGACCCGAGGGAGCCCAUUAAUCUGGCCGAGACACAGACCACCACCACCAACACCACAACAUCAACAACCACUAAGUCUUAACUGAAAGCUUGAGCUGUGGUUGCUCUUGCACCAACUCUUGAACCAACUCUGGACUCUCUCUUGUGUCUGUCUUGUCCCCUUCCACACGCUCUCACAUGCUUCCACAUGCAGGGCUGGCAUCCUGCGAACGCUGCAUCCGCUCCAGCUGCAGGCGGAGUGCACCCCUGGUGCCUUCCAUCACGCCGAGGAGGGGCUGGGCGAGCGAAUCGAGCUGGCAGAAGUGGAGUGCGAUGUGGACA